CUGGUUAUUUCAGGUACGUCAUGACGUCAACCUCCACAGCCCCUUCUCUGAACCAAACAUGGCGCUGUCCAUGGAGCUGCGGUGUUGGGGAGGCGGCUGGGGUCUUCCGUCUGUCCACACAGAGUCUCUCAUAGUGCUGGCUUAUUCCAAAUUUUCUGGAGCUCAAGUUACAGCUUCUCCAAUCGACUGGACAUGGAAAACACUCACAGCAACAGUCCCAGAGUUGAUGUGUGGUGAGUCGUCUGUUACAAACCCAACACAGAUUCUUAACUUUCUCCGGAAGCAGCGAUUCAAUGCAGACUAUGACUUAACAGCACGUCAGGGUGCAGACACUCUGGCUUACAUAGCUUUACUGGAAGAGAAGCUCCGACCAGCUUUGUUGCAUACAUUCUGGGUGGAUGCUGAAAAUUAUGCAAAUGUGACAAGGCCCUGGUUUGCUUCACAUUCUCCAUUUCCACUGAACUUUGUAGUCCCUUGUCGCCAUGCGAACCUCGCCAUCUCCAGGAUCCUGCUGACCAAAGGGGAGUCCCCACUUAAUAGAAUUAAUGAAAUAGAAGCCAAGCUUUACAGUGACGCUAAAGAGUGCCUUAACCUCCUCUCAUACCGACUGGGAACCGCAAACUACUUCUUUGGUAGCUUACCGACCAGUCUAGACGCCUUUGUGUUUGGUUUCCUGGCCCCGCUGUACAAAGCCGGCCUCCCCAGCAGUCCGCUGCAGAGUCACCUCAGUCAUCUGGAAAACCUGACUCAGUUUUGUGAGAACAUCCUUGCUGUCUAUUUCAGCUCCAGUCAAUCCGGUUCUCCUGUGUCAGUUCAAGAAACAAAAGAUGCCAAUCUUCAGAAACUGACCCAACUUGUAAACAAAGAAUCCAACUUGAUAGAAAAGAUGGAUGAUAACCUUCGCAGUAGCAGUCCUCAGCACAAACCGCACCGACCAGAGCCUAAACCCACUUUGGCAAAUGAGAAGAACUCAAACCCUGCAUAACCCAGGGCCUUAUGGAAAAAAGAGGGUAAAAAUAUAAAGUAUAGAAAAGAAUGCAGGAAUAAUGAUGAUAGUUUUUGAAGAUGGUGAAGGAGAGAAAAUGCAUAAGAGGUUUUUAACUAGUUUGGAUGCACGUAUGUGGUCAAGCAUGGAACACUUGAGUGGUGCUAGACAGAGAGACCCUGAAAGUUUAAGGGAAAGCCAAAGGAAAUGGAAACUCCAUCAGGGAAAAUACGGGAAAUUAAAAUUGCCAUUUUAAUUUUUAACAUAUUUUUGUUCUAUAUUAUAAAGAGACAGUUUCACCGGUUGUUUUUAACUGUACUGCUAUCAACUAUAAAGAUUAAAGAGUCUGUAAAUAGUUUAUUUAUUACCAGAGGUGAGCACAUUCUGACUUUAUUAUAUGCAUAAAAUAUGUAUGGGCAUGUGUAUGACUGAAAAAUAUUUAGUUUGGCUCUCACAAGCUUUGUAAAAUAAGUAAGCAAUAGAAGAAGCAUAUAGUUAGAUAUAUCUAUAUAAGUUAUAAGAAUUUUAUAUAAAGAUUAUGGAAGAAUCCCCUAAUGCAUUAUAUAUCUGCCUUUAUUGAAUGUGUCAAGUGUUCAAGUGUCAUUGUUCUAGUUUUUUAACUGACUCAUAUACUACUUUUAACAUGACACAUUCCCUCUGUUUGUAUUAUUGUUGUAUGUGCCUUCAUGACUGCUGUUGUCUUUUCCUGUGUCUGUUUUAAUUAUAAUUUUAUUUCAUUAUUUGUCACUGCUGUUUUCUAUGCACUGUGAGUUGGUAACAUCAACUUCAUAUAAUUGCAAUAAAUUAGAUCAUAACCCUAACAAA